UAAUGUGGAGAGGAAGUGGACGCGCGAGCGCACUGUGCAGGUGGAGAAGCACGCGCUUAUUGUCUUAUCUGCACCGGAAAGUUUACUACUCCGCUGUUUACUUCUGCACGCGUCUUUUUGGCCAUGUCUGGAGUGAUCCGAGGCCCCGCUGGGAGCAACGACUGCCGAAUUUAUGUGGGAAAUCUUCCUCCUGAUAUCCGCACGAAAGACGUCGAGGACGUGUUUUACAAAUACGGAGCGAUCCGAGAUAUCGAUCUGAAAAACCGGCGAGGUGGCCCCCCGUUUGCCUUUGUCGAGUUUGAGGACCCCAGGGAUGCCGAGGAUGCAGUUUACGCUCGGGAUGGUUAUGACUAUGAUGGCUACCGGCUUCGAGUGGAGUUUCCCAGAAGUGGACGUGGUAUGGGGAGAGGAGGCUUUGGUGGUGGUGGUGGCGGUGGAGGCGGUGGCGGUGGAGCUCCCCGAGGCAGAUACGGACCUCCAUCCAGGCGAUCUGAAUACAGAGUGAUUGUUUCAGGGUUACCACCGAGCGGCAGCUGGCAAGAUCUGAAGGAUCACAUGCGUGAAGCAGGUGAUGUAUGUUAUGCUGAUGUUUUCCGAGACGGCACCGGUGUGGUGGAGUUUGUGCGCAAAGAAGACAUGACCUACGCUGUGCGAAAACUGGAUAACACUAAAUUCCGGUCACAUGAGGGGGAAACUGCAUAUAUCCGUGUGAAAGUGGAUGGUCCACGCAGUCCAAGUUACGGAAGAUCAAGGUCCCGGAGCCGCAGUCGCAGCAGAAGUCGCAGUCGCAGCAAUGAGCGUAGCCGUAGCUAUUCGCCACGCCGUGGCCGAAGCUCCCCACAGUACUCCCCCCGGCACAGCCGCUCUCGCUCUCGUUCCUAAGCCAAGUUCAGCACUGCUUGGUGCCUUGGGUUUGAGUUUUUGAGUUUCCCCUUCCCCUGUCCACCCCUCCCUCUUCUUUUUUUUUUUUUUCUUUUCUUUUUUCUAAAUACUAGUUUUAGUCCCCAACCCCCGCUUCCUUGUGAACCUUGUUUUCUGCUUGGCCCCCCACCUCCCCUUGUCUUCCACCCCCACUUUUUAACCAUCAACACCCAUCGAAUUUUUAACGAUGCUUUUUAAAGGACUACUUCGCCUCCCUUUCAUAUUCUCACCUUCCUUUUGUCCUCUUUUGAAUACAAGACGGAACUCUCGUUGACCAAACAAAGAGUUGUUCAAUACCUCUGAAUAUUUUUGUAAACGCCAUCUACUGUCUUUCAUGAGAGUGGGCUCACGUGUAUUUUACCCUUUUGUCUUCCUGUAUCUCUUGACAAGAACGAUGAACUGAUGCUUUGUAAUAAAGAAUUGCUGAAUAA